AUGGAAUCAAAAAACGAUAUCAAAAAUAGUAGUAAUGGUAAUGUGACAUUAUCAAUUGACACAUUAACCAUUACUAAUAUUUCACUUAGUAAUAAUAAUAGUAAUAAUAGUAAUAAUAGUAAUAGUAUUAAUAGUAAUAGUAAUAAUAGUAAUAGUAAUAAUAGUAAUAACAACAACCACCACCAAAAUAAUAAUAAUAGUCGUAAUCAUAAUAUUUUAUCAACAUCAACUCCAUCUACUCACAAUUUUGUUGGGUCACCAUCUUCUUCAACUUUUUUCAAUCCUCUACAUAACAGUACAGGUUCAAGUUUAUCAUUCUUUAAUGGAACUCAACAUUUCACACAUAAUCAUCAUGGUCAUAUGAAUGGUUUUGGGAAUAGUGAUUUAGUUGCAAGAACCAAACAAGAAGAUAACUAUUCAAUGGCAAAAGUAUAUUUAAAUAAUAAGUUAACAUUUAAUAAUCAUGGAUUAGGUAGGGUUGAUUUUAAUAUGAAAUCAGAAGAUUUAGAUCAACCUUGGUUUCAUAAGGAAGCAACUAGAGAUGUUGCAAUCACUUUAUUAAAUAAUAAACCAACUGGAUCAUUUUUAAUUAGACCAAGUUCACAAGCAGGUAGUUAUGCAAUGUCAUGGAUGAAAAAUGGUAAUGAAAUUGGGCAUAAUUUAAUUUAUGGAUUAUGCCCAGGUUAUUCAUUAAAACAAAAUUCGACGACUGAUAGAUUUUGGUCACUUCAAAAGUUGGUUGAAGAUUGUGAUUAUCUUAAACUACCAAUUCAAGUUUCUCAAACUACUAAAAACAUUGCAAAACAUUCAAAUGCUAGAACCAACGCUGAAGUCGUGGGUAGAAUUGUAGAAAGAGUUUCUUCUAAUGAUCCCACUUUUACCGAAUUAAGUUGGAGUCUUUGUAUAAUAGGUGAAAAUACAAAUGAAAGUUCUGAUCAUUGUCAAAAAAGAACAAGAGUUAAAUUUGGAGAUGAAGAAUAUACAGCUCCAGAAAUUUUACCAUUAAAUGGUAAUUCUUUAUCAUUAAUAUGUCAAGGAUUACAUAAUAAUACACAUACGAAAUCAUUAUAUAUCAAUGGUCAUGAAGGUUAUUUAAGAAUGUCAUUCAUACCAAAUUUAAUGGAUUCAGAUGCAGCAGCAAUUGCAACUUUAAUUACAGAGAAUAAAUCUUUAACACUUUUAAAUUUAAAUGUUAAUCAAAUCUCUGAUAAUGGUACAAAAUUAAUUGCAGAAGCUUUAAAAUAUAAUAAAACAUUAAAAUAUAUUUCAUUAUCAUAUAAUUUUAUUGGUAAAGAUGGAUUAGUAGCAAUUUCAGAGGCAAUUAGAUAUAAUAAAUCAAUUGAUUUUAUAGAUGUUUCAAAUCAAUUAUUUAAAAAGAGAAAUAGUAUAAAUUUAAUUCAUUUAGAUACUGAAAGAACAUUGAUGGCAUUAAUUGAAGAUACUAUGAAGAGAAAGUGCGAGUUAUUUGGAAUGUCUUAUAAAUUUCUUGAUAUGUCACAAACAAUACAUAAUAAUAAUAGUAAUAAUAAUAGUAAUAAUAAUAAUAAUAAUAGUAAUAAUAAUAUUAAUAAUAUUAAUCAUAAUAGUAAUAGUAAUAGUUCAUUUGGAAUUAAUUGUGGCGCAUCACAAUCAAAAUUACCAUAUUUUCAUGGUUAUUUAACUAAAAUGGGAGCAGAAAAGAGAAUUAAUGCAUUAUCAAAGGGUAAAGUUGGUUCAUUUUUAUUCUAUCUCAAUUAUUAUAUUCCAAAUUGUAUAUUCUUGGCAAUACUAGUUCAAAAAGGUGAUAAUCCAGCAGAGAUUGAACACAAGAUGAUACAUCGUGUUCAUUUCGGUUAUCGUUUCGUAUCGAGUGGUCUAUCAUCAAUCGAGCAAGAUUUAAGAGAUGAAAUAUUGGAGGAAGAACAACUUUACAAUUUCCAAUUGAAUAAUCAAACCUAUAAUAAUACAAUCACCCAUAGUAACUCUUAUAUCUAUAGUUAUAGACAUAGACCAAGAAGAACAGGUUGUGGCGUUGUAAUUCCAACACUUUUUGAAUUUUGUGCUUGGAUAUUGGCCUCUCAUCCUCAGUAUCAAGAUAUCUUGGAUGCCUUUGAGAAAAUGGGUGGCAUAAGCGAAAGAUUCAAGGAUAUUCGUGAUUUGGUUCCAUUAUGGGGCGCCAGAGAUGUGAUACCAAUCAUCUCUUUGGAUAGCUCCAAACAUAAUAUCUCUCGUAAAGGAGUUUUUCCAACACUUCUUCAACUCUAUAAAUUAAAUAGAUCAAAAUUAACUAAUCCAAUCACAACUGAACAAUAUCAAAAUUAUCGUACACUUUUAAAACAACAACAACAACAACAACAACAACAACAACAACAACAACAACAAUUACAACAACAAGAACAACAACAACAACAACAAUUAACAAAUACAAUUAAUGAUUUAAAUAAUAUAAAUAAUAAUAAUAAUAAUAAUAAUAAUAAUAAUAAUAAUAAUAAUAAUAAUAAUAAUAAUAAUAAUAAUAAUAAUAAUAAUAAUAAUAAUAAUAAUAAUAAUAAUACGGAGAAUAGUUUAGUUUUUAGUAGCCAAUAA